AUGGUGAGCUCCUCGGGAGGCAAAGCUGCAGCUUCCCAAGCUGCCAGUCCUCAAGGAGGCAAUGUGGCCCACAGAAGUGCCCGUUGGACUCAGCGGCAUUUCCAGGCCGACGAGCCGCUGCAACAGCCCCUGGUGCGGUAUUGCCGUCUGCCCGACCCCCACUGGCACGGGCCAGUGCCUCUUAUCACGUGGGGCCGGGGCUACGCUGCUGUCCAAACUCCUACCGGACCUCUGUGGGUGCCUGCUCGCCGCGUGAAUAAGCUUAUCUUUCCACAGUUGGAAGCUACCCAAAUGAAGGGGAAGGAGAUGGAAGAGGAGGACCCAGAAGGGCUUGGAAUUGGCAAGAGGUCAAGGGAAGGCCCCCCUCCCAUCCAAGCAGGGAGUGGUGUUGAAUUCUGGGAAAGAGCUGUGCCAGAGAUCCUGGAUCAAGACACCGUGAACUCAGAUGUACAUAGGCCACAUUUCCGACAGUUUCGUUACAAUGACGCUGAUGGGCCCCGAGAGGUUUGCAGCCAGCUUCAUGGACUUUGCAACCACUGGCUGCAGCCAGAGAGCCACACCAAGAAGCAGAUCCUGGACCUGGUGAUCCUGGAGCAGUUCCUGGCUGUCCUGCCCCAGGAAAUGCAGUGCUGGGUCAGGGGAUGUGGGCCGGAGACCAGUUCCCAGGCGGUGGCCCUGGCUGAAGGUUUCCUCCUGAGUCAGGCAGAGGAGAAGAGGCAGGCAGAGCAGAUGCGGGGACCCUCCGUGAAGACUGAAGCUAACUUCUCUGUGGCGGAAGGAGCUCCAUUGGAGGAAGGGCAGAGGGCUCAGGGCCAGGAGCUUGCCCAAGAUGGCCUCUCACAUGGCAAAGCCAGGAAUGUAGGAGAAACUCCAGCAGAGACUGAUGAAAGCCUUUCAUCCAAAGGAGGGCUGGAGAGUUUCUCAAGAGGAUCUCAAGAGAGGAUUUCCUCCCCAGAUGAGCUGGCUGCAACAGAAAAUGUUGAGGAGACGGUUGGGGAAUUCCAGGGGUUCUCUUUGGAAAGAGACAAGGAACAAAAAUUGGAUCGAGAUGGACCUGAGAGGCAGGAAGGAAGCCCUGGAGAGAAGAUGAGUGAAAAACCCAUUCCCUCCCAAGUAGGGGAUUUCCAUGAAGUAAUUCCCAAGGUGGAGGAAACGUACAAAUGGUUAGACUGGGGACUUAAUUUCUCAGAUCAAACUCAAUAUGAUACUGAUUUGCAAGACCACCCUGAAAAGAAAGCCCAUUCUUGCUUCCAGUGUGGAAAGAGCUUCCUUUCUGGAGAGGAGCUUAUGAGACACCAGAGAAUCCAUAUAGGAGAGAAAUUGUAUUGCUGCUCAGACUGUGGCAAGAGGUUCUCAGAAAAUUCAAACCUUAUUCAACACCAGAGAGAGAGUUCCCACCAUUCAGGAGGGAAGACAUUUGUCUACUCAGAAAGUGAAAAGAAUUUGUCUGAUGCGAAAGCAGAUGAAUCACAGAGGAGAUCACAGCUCCUUUUGCACCAAAGAAUCCACCCAGGGGAAAAACCUUUUGAAUGCUCAGAGUGUGGAAAGAGAUUCAAACAGAGUGUCAGUCUUCAACAGCAUCUGAGAACCCACACAGAAGAGAAACCUUUUGAGUGCUCAGAGUGUGGAAAGAGAUUCCAUUACAGGGUCCUUCUUCACUAUCAUCAAAGAACACACACAGGAGAGAAACCUUUCCAAUGCUCCGAGUGUGGAAAGAGCUUCAGCUGGAGAGGCAAUCUUCAAAAGCAUCUAAGAAGCCACACAGGGGAGAAACCUUUUGAAUGCUCUGAGUGUGGAAAGAGAUUCACUGAAAGUCACAGUCUUCAGCGGCAUCAAAGAACCCACACAGGUGAAAAACCUUUUGAAUGCUCAGAGUGUGGAAAGAGAUUCUUCUCGAGAGGUGAUCUUCGACAGCAUCGAAGAACCCACACAGGGGGAAAACCUUUUGAAUGCUCUGAGUGUGGAAAGAGAUUCAGAGUGAGUGUCAGUCUUCAACGGCAUCUAAGAACCCAUACAGGUGAGAAACCUUUUGAAUGCUCAGAGUGUGGAAAGAGAUUCCAUUGCAGUGUCCUUCUUCACCAUCAUCAAAGAACCCACACAGGGGAGAAACCUUUUGAAUGCUCCGAGUGCGGAAAGAGCUUCAGCCGGAAAGGCCAUCUUCAGCGGCAUCUAAGAACCCACACAGGUGAGAAGCCUUUUGAAUGCUCAGAGUGUGGAAAGAGAUUCAGUGAAAGUCGCAGUCUGCAGCGGCACCUAAGAACUCAAACAGGGGAGAAACCUUUUGAGUGCUCAGUGUGUGGAAAGAGAUUCAGCUUGAGUGGUGAUCUUCAACAGCAUCAAAGAAUCCACACAGGGGAGAGAACUUUUGAAUGCUCAGAGUGUGGACAGAAAUUCAGAGGGAGAUGCCACCUUCAACAUCAUCGAAAAACCCACAUAAGGGAGAAUCUGGUGAAGCCUUUGAUCCCAGAGUUGUCAUCCACAAUGGUCUCAGAUCCGGUGGACAUCCUUCAAGGCACUGCCAAUAGAGUCUGGGCUAGUGUUACAGAGCCGCGGAAGACAGAUACAGACAAUGGCACCAGGCCCCUCUCCCCCAUCGAAUGA